AUGGCGCUCAGCCGAAACUUUCGGACGACGUACUACAAGACGCUCGGUGUACCUGUUGUGCAGCAUAUUGUCGACGUCGAGGCCUCUUUUGCAGCCAUACUUAGUGAGAAAGCGAUCAACGUGUCACAGCUACUCAAAGUGGCGGUAGAACUGGGCAUUGCGCCGCAGUAUCGCGCGAAGAGUUGGCUUCUACUGGCGGGGAUACUGCCGCCCUAUCCAGAGCUAUGGAAGUUUGUGCUCACGGAACGACGUGCCAUGUUCGAAGACGUUGUCGAAGCAGCACAAGUACUUCACGUUAAAGACGUGACGGGGAGCGACGAAGGAAGAGGAGUGUACUAUGCAUUUACAGACCUUUUGGAAGCAACGGAAGAUGGACACCAAGAGGAGACGCCGGCGUUGCCGAAUCUGCAGAGAUUGGUGCACUUACAUCGCACGUAUUGGCGGGAGUUUGCGACGUGUGGACCGUCGCUGUUGCGCGGGAUGGACGACGCAAAGUUCUUGCUUGCAGUAGCUCGAGUGGUGUGCGAAGUCUUGUCAGACGAAGCACAGCGAUUUUGGGGCUUUACGCGGUUGUUGGAAAUCUUGAAUGAGGGACUGGAGGCUGUGGAUCCCGUGGUGAAUCUCGACACGCUAUACGAUGCACAACUCGCUGACUUUGAAGCAGUGUUUCUUCGCACGCUGGACGUGCGGCGAAGGCGCCAGACUGCGGAUGGGUCGACCUCUGGUCUGCAUCUGCGUACGAGUGGACAUGAUGAAGAGCACAGUCGAUGGAGGUGCUAA